AUGGGCAGAAGGAAUCCCUCGAGACGUACCGACCGGUUGGAUGCGACCGACGAGCCCGUCAAAGAGGCGUCCCAACUGGUGUUGCCCCGGCAAAUGGACACGACAAGCUCCUCGUCGAGUCCAUACUCAGCGAUCGAAAACAGCCUGCCGACUCCUCGCUCAGAGGAAUCACCAUCUGCGGAGUCGGGAUCGGCUCAAAGUCGUCGGGUCUCCAUUACUCACCCAGGCGCUCCAAAUGCCAAGAUCGCCAUUCCGCGCGACGUGGGCAGUAUCGGUGCAUUGACGACAGGACGGGUCUCACGAGCGUGCAGCUCCUGCCGAGCCCGUAAAGUCAAGUGUAGUGGUGAACAGCCUGUGUGUCGGCAAUGUCGUGAUCUACACUUGCACUGUCACUAUCCCCUUGGGUGGAAUGAACGAAUGAAAAAGGAAACACACGAUCUCACGGCUCUGUUACAAGAGUAUCGGAGUCUUGUCAAAGAUCUCGUCGGCAGCGACAGCCAACCACGCCGCCCAUGUGGCUCGGCGUUGAUACAUAAUUAUCCGUUGUUGAAGGAUGAUCUGGGUGAUUCGAUCCCAGCACUGGAAGCUCCUCAAGACUCAACCUCCUCAAGGCCAUCAGCUCCAUCUGUCGGCCAGACCAGUCAGUCGUAUCUGCCCGCGGACAUUCUAUCUCAAUUCGUUAAUAUGGCUUACGAGGUUCCAGGUGUUUCAGGCCAGGGAGGGAGUGCCGAGAGGCCCUUGGUCACAGACGACAUGCAAAUGGACACGGCUGAGCAGCCCGUCAACACAUUGUCAUGGGACAUACCGCAGCCGAUCGACAAGCAUGGUCUACCAACACGCGAGUUGGCGGAUUAUCUGUUUGAACAGUAUUGGUGCAACGUGCACCCGUUCUUCCCCAUGAUUAACCGACCGCUUUUCCGUGUCCAAUACCAGAAUUUCUGGGAUCAAGGCCAGCAGCCAGGAGGCAAGUGGCGUGCUAUCCUCAACGUUAUUUUCGCCAUUGCAGCCAAGUACACGCACAUGAUUCAAGCACCUUCGCGAGGUCCAGAAAACGAUCACGUUGUUUAUUUCAACCGAGCGCGGUUGCUGAGCCUGAACGGGGAAGAGCUAUUCAGCCCGCCCAAUCUCCAACAGGUGCAGCUUGAGGGACUGGUCGCAUUUUAUUUGUUGGCAACUGACCAAAUCGGCAGAGCUUGGAGGAUAUCUGCCCUGGCUGCUCGUUCCGCCAUCACGCUGAGUGUCAACCGCAGCCAUUCCAAAAAGCUUCCCGCAAGAUUAAGAGAGGCUCGCUUCCGCCUCUGGUGGUGCUUGCACACCCUUGAGCAGACGCUGAGUCUGAUCUCCGGUCACAUUACUUCGAUCCCAAAGGAUCGACACGCACCGCCUUUGCCGAUCCCGUUCGAAGAGGAGGAGUUUGAGACGAACUCGUCGGCGUCGGCCCUUCUUCAGCACCCGAGCGUCCGAAUUCAAUGGCUUCAAACUCUGAUGCCAAGUUCCAGAAGCUGGCCAAGCGAUGGUGACGGCCGACCUGCUCAAGAAGAAACCAGACCCAGAGAUGAAGCCUGGCUCAAGAGGCUUGAACCAAACGCUGGCCUUUUCUAUCUAUUCUAUUGCGACCUGGCGGUGAUUAUCGAAGAGAUCAUCAACCAGCUCCAUGUUUCCAAUAUCUGGAUUGAUAAGGAGAGAAGGCUUGACGACCUCCAAUCUCGACUUGAGUAUUGGAAGAAUAGUCUUCCGUCUUCCUUGGAUAUUACCUCCAUCGAUCCACAGUGUCCAGUGGAGCAGAUUCGAUACAAACUCGGCCUCGCAUUACACUACCAAAGCGCGCGGAUAGUACUUGGGCGUCUCUGGUUUUGUCGACGGGAUGAGCUUGGGCCCGACAAUUCGCUAGUCUUGAAUCAGUCAAUGGCGACGAUGACACUCGACGCUGCCAAGCAGAUUCUCGACUUGAUUCCCGACCAACUCGAUACGACCCAACUAUACAAGAUGUUCCCAUGGUGGAGUGUGCUAUACUACAUCUCGCAAGCAGCCAGAAUCAUCCUGUUCGAGCUGUCGACGGGAUGUGUACACAUGCAGGACAGCACCGCACACCUGAUCUUGCUAUCUCAAAAAGCCCUGCGCUGGCUGCACGCCAUGUCCACACGCAGUCCUGGUGCAGAACGAGCAUGGCACUCAUGUGAUACUUUCUAUCGCAAAGCAUCCGAGCAGAGAGGAUACAAUACGGACAGCAUUCCCCUGCGAGACGUCAAGGCAGAGAGCAUGUCUUUCGUGGGGCCUCAAGAUAAUGGCUCGAUGAGUGAUCUUGAAAAAUUCGAUUUUCAAAUUGACGAAUUUGAGUUGACGGACUGGAUACCAUGA